UUAUCUUGCCGUGCAGGGCGUGGACUCUGGUAUAUAAGCAGGAAAAGGGACCAUUGGUGAUUUAGAGGAUUCUUCUCAGAUUGGAUCCCUAUUUGAAGGUCUGGAGAUGUUUCUCAUCACUUGCUUCAUCUUUUGUCUCUUGGGCAGCCUUACCUGGGCAGGUCCAAGUGUUCGGACUGUCUGUCCUUCUGGCACCUUUGGCUAUAAAGAUGGAAGCCAGUGGUAUUGUUACAAGUUCUAUGAAGAUCAGCUCACCUUUCAUGAUGCUGAGGAAGAGUGUCAGUUCAGAUGGAGAGGCCAUUUAGCAUCUCUGACAAAAGACAAGCAGGUCAAAAGCAUUGGUACCUAUGUCACCAAAGAAAACCUGGAGGGUGAUUUGGUCUGGAUUGGACUCCGACAACUUAAAGGGUCCAGUGGGAACACUGGAUGGCGCUGGACUGAUGGGGCACGAUCCAUAUAUAAAAAUUGGAGCUCUGGUGAACCCAAAAUUGUGUCUUAUGAUGACACUUGCGCCGGUCUCUCUUCUGCAUCUGAGCACGUGAAAUGGGUUGCUAGAAACUGUAACUGCAAACUUCCUUUCCUCUGCAAAUGGAAACCCUCUUAAGCCAUGUCUGAAGAUGGAGUUGGGGGGCUCCCCAUUGAACGGAAACCUGAGCUGAGAUCUUUCGGUUCCAUCUUCUCUAUGUGCAAAAACGUGUUUGCCAGAAAGACCAGCUGAACGUCAAGCAGUUGGUUCCUCUCUGUCCUCUGAACUUGCUUCUCUCCCCCUCUUUCUGAAGAAUGUGCCCCUCCCUUGAUAAUAAACUGUGUUGCUCUGCC